CUGAUAAUAAAAAUAAUGGAUCCAAAAAGAAGAAUAAAGAAAGAAGAAGUCAUCAGAACUUCAAAGGAAGCAGAAAUGUUCAAUGAUGCUCUUGUCGCUAAAGCAAAAGUCCUUGGAUUUAUCACUGGUGGUAUGGUAGCAGGAACCCUAGGUCUUGAAGGAGUACAAGGGUUUAUUUUCUACUUCAUCACUCAUAUUAUCUGUUCUGCAUGUAUCUGAUUCUCUUUGAAUUUUACUGCAAUGCCAUUUUUUAAAGACUUGAGUGCUAUUAUGACUGGGAAUAUUUUCACGAACCUGUUGUCGUACUUAUUAUUCUGGGUCAUGUUCUAUAAUCUUAUAUACGUGUUAUAAUGACAAUAAUUAAGAGAAAACACAUGUUUCAAUAC